AUGCUGAACCAUCCUUCUCAUCCCAUUCUCCUCUCCUUAUCCCUCCUGUUGUGGGUGCUCCUUUGGAACGAGGUGGCAUGUUCUCCUGGGAAGGGCAGCAGUAUUUGGCUCCAACUUAAACCAAGUCCCAUAAUCAAAAAACAGUCUUUCCUUCAUGAUGACUUCCCCUCAGGAUUUCUCUGGGGCUCGGGGACCUCUGCUUUCCAAACAGAAGGAGCUUGGAAUCGGGAUGGGAAAGGGGUCUCCAUUUGGGACAGUUUCACCCACUCCUCGGUGAGGGGUCCGAUCACCGGAGUAAAUGCAGAUGUGGCAAGUGACAGCUACAACCGCUGGGAGGAAGAUGUGGAAGCACUGGAAUAUUUAGGUGUAAGAUCGUACUCUUUUUCUCUCUCCUGGCCUAGACUCUUCCCUGACGGCAAUGCCACAGGUGAACCCAACGCAGCAGCCGUGGAGCACUACAGGUGCCUCAUAGAGAGGCUCCUGGAAAAGAAAAUCGAGCCCAUCGUCACUCUUUAUCACUGGGACCUGCCACAGGUGCUCCAGGAGAAAUACGGUGGCUGGAAAAAUGACACAUUGGUGAGACUUUUCAGGGAGUAUGCUGCAUUUUGUUUUCAGACAUUUGGGGGUUGUGUUAAAUACUGGCUCACAAUGCACAAUCCAUACCUAGUGGCUGUGCAGGGGUAUGGGACAGGCGUGCACGCUCCUGGAGAAACAGCAGGGCUUUCUGGCUCUCUAAUUAUUGCCCACAACCUGAUCAAGGCACAUGCCACAGCAUGGCAGACCUACAACAGUCACUUCCGUCCAACUCAGAAGGGGAAAGUAUCCAUUGUUUUAGGUUCCCACUGGGUUGAACCUCAAAAAGGCCAAGCCACCUCUGCCAAUGUUACACUUUGUCAGCAGUCUCUGGAGGCUGUUCUUGGCUGGUUCGCUAGCCCCAUUUUUGGUGAAGGAGACUACCCAGUCUCUCUAAAGUUGAAGUACGCGGAUCUCAUGCCCACAUUCACCCCCGAGGAGAAGCUCUGGGUACAGAAAACAGCAGACUUCUUUGCUUUGUCUUUUGGACCAAACAAUGUCCGUUUGGGCAAGAACCUUGUCCAUAAUGGGCAGACUGUAACCCCAGACCUGCGACGCCUCCUGAGCUGGAUUAAACUAGAGUAUGGGAACAUGAGCGUGCUGGUGGCUGAAGGAGGCUGGUACUCUGAUGCCAGUGUAGGAAGGGAAGACACAGUGGCCAUCUAUCUGAUGAAGCGUUUUAUCAAUCAAGUUCUACAGGCCAUCAAGCUCGAUGGCGUGCAGGUGUUUGGAUACUCAGCCUGGUCAUUGGUGGAUGGGUUUGAGUGGAACUAUGGCUACAGUAUUCGACGUGGCCUUUUCUAUAUUGACUUUAACCAACAAAACAGAACCAGGAUCCCCAAAACCACUGCACAGUACUACAGGCAGAUUAUCACUGACAAUGGUUUCCCACCUGAUGAAUCCUCUAUCCAGAUUAAAGGCCAUUUCCCCUGCAAAUUUCACUGGGGUAUCGCAGACUCUACCAUACAGGUCCGCUUCUUCCCUUUCUCCCCGCAGUUUACUGACCCUCACGUGUACAGCUGGAACCUGACAGGAGACAAAUCGUUGCGUCCGAUCCCCGGGGUGAAGCUCCAAACCAGACCAGCGCAGUGCACUGAUUAUUUGGCUAUCCAAAGUCACCUUCGCCUGUUUGCAUCCACUGGAGCAACCCAUUACCGCUUUGCCCUAAACUGGUCCUUGAUUCUACCCCAGGGAGACCGUUCAAGUGUCAACGCUGAAGCUCUCAGGUACUACAGCUGUUUUCUCAUGGAGCUCAAGAAGCUGGACCUAGAGGCUGUGGUCGUUAUGUACUACCCAACACACAGAGCUCCAAAUCUGGGUUUGCCAGAACCAGUGCAAGCCUCUGGAGGUUGGCUAUCGUACAACGCAGUGGAAGCAUUUCAAGAAUAUGCAGCACUUUGCUACCAGGAGCUAGGUACCUGGGUUCGAUACUGGAUCACGAUUAACGAGCCGAACAGAUUGAUAGAUAUUUAUUCUAAUGUGACAGAGAGGCAUCAAGCAGCUCACAACCUCCUUCUGGCUCAUGCCAAAGCCUGGAGGUUGUAUGAGAGGGAAUACAGUGAACAGAAAGCUUUGAUAUCAUUUACAUUACAUGCUGACUGGGCCAAACCUGCCAACCCAUUCCUAGAGUCGCACACACUGGCAGCAGAAAGAUUCCUUCUAUUUGAAAUCGGUCGCUUCUUAGACCCCCUGCUGGGGUCUGCAUACAAGGAGAAACAGAGGAAGGGGAAAUACCCACCUGGAAUGAAGGCAUACUUGGAGGAAAGAGCUAGAAUAUUGGGCCUCCCUGGAUCGUCUCUCCCUACUUUCACUGAUGCUGAGACAAAAGAGCUGAGAGGAGCGUUAAGCUUUAUCGCCCUAAGUCAUUUUACUACCCGUUUAGUUUCUCCUCUUCCUCCGACACAGGCCGCUUUUCAGAAGAAACACGUCCCCGAUCACGACUGCAUGGUACUCUCUGACCCCACCUGGCCUUCCUCCAACUUGGGACAAGCUCUGGUCCCCUGGGGCUUACGCAAGAUGCUGAACUGGGUGAGCCAGCGGUAUGGAAGAAGUCUGCCUAUUAUUGUCACAGGAAGUGGAACUGAUGAUCCAGCUCCUGUUGAGGAUAAACUCAGACAGCACUACCUCAAGAGUUACCUUCAGGAGGCACUCAAAGCUUACCAUCUUGAUCAAGUCAACUUGCAGGGAUUCUUUGUGUGGAGGCUCCAAGACCGACACUCUCCCUUGUUCGGCCUCUUCACCUCAACACAACACCAAUCCAAAGCCAAGGCCUCUGUUGCAACAUACAAAGAAAUUAUUACCCUCAACGGCUUCCCCACUAAUAAUAAUAAGACGAGACCAUGCAGCGCUGAUGAUACGCCUCAAAUGUGCUCUAUGUGUGAAUGGAUAUAUGAGAACAAAGUGAGACUGGUUUUUGGAGGUUGCGUCCUCAUUACAGCUGCUACGAUGGCUGCACUUAUUGUCUUUUUUUUCACCAACCGGAGAAAUCGAAGACGAGACAGAAGGAAAAAGAGGAGUAGGCUGAACUGGAGAUGAAGAAAGGGUGUUUAUGUCCACCUGUUCAACAUUAAAACAGCGAGAAUGACUCAGUAACAUGCAGCAGAAG